AAAUACAAAUAACAUUUACAUGUAAAACAUGAUAUACAAUCAAACAUUUUAGAAUGGAGCGUCAUUCUAUGCCACACAACCCGUUUUUGUUUUGUUUUUAAAACAGUACAGUACGUACUUUUCGAGUACAGUACAUUAUUAAGUACAUGUUAGUAGUAUAUAACUUUCAAGAACAAUACAUUCGCAUUUAUUGAACUUUUUUUUUUUUUAAUGGAUACUUUUAUAUGCAAUAUGUUUUUAAUUGAAAACCAAAUCAUUCAAGUGGCUUGCAACGAUAUACUUUUUCGGAAUAAAACCUCGUUUUUGAAUGGUGAUGUUUGGAGAGCAAAGUAUCUUUGGAGGUGGUAAAAAGUUUGGUCUCAACUAGCAAGCUUGCUAAUGCGGCUAGUUAACUAACGUCACGCUUUCCUCUUUGUACCCUCGAUAGUGUCGCGUCGAGUUUUUAAAGAGAAUGUUUUGUGUGAGGUCACAAAUAGUAUUCUUGCCUUUCAUGCUUUGUAAAGUAGCCUCGCCUUAGUUGAGUUGAGUUAUAAACUUUACUAAUCGUCAUUUCGAUCGUGUUGGCACUGCGCAUGCUCAGUACAGUUGAAAAGGCUUUGAACGUCCUUUCGUGAAAAUGGCGACCGUACACAAAGUAUCAACGUCCAAACGCUCCGACUUGUUUUUUGGGUGUUCCUCCUCCCGGGUGAAUGGUGGCGCGGCCGCGAGCUCCCCCUGGCGGCCGCCGCGACGAAGCGCGCCAGUGACGACGUGGGUGCUGCAGCAGUUGGUUCGUCAGCGGCGACAUCAUGGAGACCAAACCGGUUAUCACCUGCCUCAAGACCCUCCUCAUCGUCUAUUCCUUCGUCUUUUGGAUCACCGGCGCCAUCCUGCUGGCGGUGGGCGUCUGGGGCAAGUUGAUGCUGGGCCCGUACAUCUCGCUCAUCGCCGACAACUCCACCAACGCCCCCUACGUGCUCAUCGGCACCGGGACCGUCAUCGUGGUUUUCGGCCUGUUCGGAUGUUUCGCCACGUGCAGAGGAAGCCCGUGGAUGUUGAAGCUGUACGCCAUGUUUCUGUCGCUGGUCUUCCUCGCCGAGUUGGUGGCCGGGAUUAGCGGAUUUGUCUUUCGCCACGAGAUAAAGGGAACCUUCCACAGGACGUACACCGACGCCGUCCUCAACUACAACGCUGACGACGAGGCGAGCCGCGCCGUUGACAGCCUGCAGCGCAGACUGCGCUGCUGCGGCGUGCGCAACUACACCAGCUGGUUCGGCAGCGUGUAUUAUCCGUCCAACGGCGUUCCCGCCAGCUGCUGCGUCAACGCGAUGGACUGCAACCCGGACGACCUCCGCAACGCGACCGUGGCCCCCGGCAAAGUUUAUCACCAGGGCUGCUACGAGCUGGUCACUUCAUUCAUGGAGACCAACAUGGCCAUCAUCGCGGGUGUCACGUUUGGCAUCGCCUUCUCGCAGCUGAUCGGCAUGUUGCUGGCCUGCUGUCUGUCCAGGAUCAUCACAGCCAACCAGUACGAGAUGGUCUAGCUGACGUCACGUGGCAGGUGUGUGUUUGUUUGUUUGUGUGUGUGUGUGUGUGUGUGUGUGUGUUUAUUUAAAAAAAAAAAAGAAAGAAAAGAAAAGACAACAUGAUUAGUUUCUCAUUACGGCUCGAUGGAUAAUUGUCUUGUCUUUUCAGUGAGGUGAAGAGAAGAUGAAAAAAAAAAAAAAAAAAAAGACAGACGAGAGUACUUUUGUUUCCUUGAAUGAUCUCAAAACAUCUCAUUUCCGCCUGCAACGCGCGCGCAUCAAGUGCGAGCGACCCGCCGCUGUGCGUGCCACCCGACACGUCGCCUUUGCGCACAUUUCACACUUGGCUUGAUGCUUUUCAUUCGCGGUAGACCGACGCCAUCAUUGAAAAACGGCUCCUGUCUUUAGAUUCUGAAGGAGACACAAUUCCACGCUUAUUAAAUCCGCUACCCGACAGUAGGGGGAGCUGUUGCGCUCCAGUUCUCGUUUUUUUUUUUUUGUUUUUUUUUUUCUUCCCAGUUUAUUUCUGAAAAUGGCAUACAAAGGAAGAUUUGCAGGAACUGUGCGAGUACUAGGAGAACACCGAGAAGAAAAUAAUACAAUUGUGAAGGAAGAAAAUACGUAUUAAGUUACUUAGAAUAAAUUCUUCCAAGAAUCAAAAUGGUAACGUUAUGGAUUAAAGACAACACUCGCAGCUGUAGUCUGUUUUAGUUUUGUAAUAUUACGACUUUACACUUAAAUAAACCUUUUCUUGCAUUGGGACUUUUCUCCUACUUUUAAGACUUUGCUCUUGCAAAUUAUAAAUAAAUAUCAGGACUUUCUCAUAAUAAUUAAUAAUAAUUUUCUUUCUCAUGUUACAACUUUAUUGGUCUAAAAUAAAAAAAUCUUAUGAUUAUAUUUUGUAAAAUGACUACUUUUCUCAUGUUAGAAAUUGUAUUAUGAGAAUAUGGAAAAAUGACUUCUUGAAAUGUUACAUUUUUCUCCAAUUACAACUUUCCCCUCGACUUUAUUAUCUUAAUUUUAUUUUAAUAAUUGAUUUUUUUUAAAGUAAAAACAUUGUCCUCAUAUCCCAACCUUUUUGUAAUAAUAUACUUGAUUCUUGUAAAAUGUUUGUUAAUUUAAAACAAAUCUUUUAAAUAAUCACUUGUCUCAUAAAUGACCUUUUUUGGGGGACUUUUGCGACUUUAUACUUGUCAAUUUUAAUCGCCCAACAUUUGUUUUUUCUCGUACUACAUCUAUAGUCUUUUUAAAAAAAUAAAAUAAAAAUCUCAGGUCACAAAAAUUGACUUUAUUCCCAUAAAAUAAAAAUGUGUGUUGUGUGAAAUGGACUAUUUUAUCCCAACAUUGCAACUUUUUUCCCUUUCUAAACGUUUUUCUCCUAAGUUGCCCAAUUUCUUUGCACCCUUGCGACUUUAUUACGGCCAAUUUCGGUUGUAAUAUUACACUGAAAGCAGAAAACAUUUGAAAAGAUCUUUUAAUGCUCCCCGAGCGACACUGUGUUGUUGUGUGUGUUGUGCAUCAAAACGCCGCCGUUUCCAUCAUCAUCAUCAUCAUCCUCAUCAUAUCUGUAGAUAUGUACUGUAAAUGUAAUUUAUAAUACUAACGAUGAUGUAAUGUUUCAUUGUAAUAUGAUAAUUGGCUGCGUUUAAGCUACUGUUUAGUCGUAUUUGUUUGCACUGACUGGUAACUAGUAGUGGCUGCUGUUGUGAUGUAGACUUCUAGUAGGGUUUGGCAUUACAGCUUCAACAAGUGAUUUUUCUCCUUUGGCCUUCAUUUUAUUUUUAUUUUUUUAACUUCUCCCGAACUAUUUUCCUUCUGUUAUUUAGUGGCUCUUGAGUUCUUCAGUAUUUAACAGUGGAUUUUUUUUUUAACUAGUUGCUGUUGUACGCUGCUUUGAGUACAUGUAUGUUGUUUUAUCUUGCAUAUGUACUAAAAAAAAAAAAAAAAAAAUACUAAUCCUAAAACUGUAAUGCCAUCCAUCUUGCACACAUGGACACGCUCAAAAACACCAUACUGUCUAAUAUUGAGAACGUCACCGUCUGUGGUCUUAAUAUUAUCAAUAAAUUGACAAAAUGAAAUA